AUGACUGGAGAGGUCAUCAGUCUGCCCGAUCUUGACGCCUCGCUAGUCAAGAUCACAAACAGCGCCACUCCGAAGACCCCCUUGCCGCCCUCGAAACUCGUCUUUGGCAAGACGUUCACGGAUCACAUGUUGACGGUGGAUUGGAACAGUAAUACCGGCUGGGCGGAACCCAAGAUCGAGACUUACGGACCUCUCAGUUUGGACCCUUCUUCCGUCGUGUUCCACUAUGCCUUUUGUCUUUUCGAAGGGAUGAAGGCUUAUCGAUGCGAAGAUGGGACUAUCCGGCUCUUCCGACCGGAUAUGAACAUGCACCGGAUGAACAGGACCGCCGCCAGGAUCGCACUGCCCACCUUUGACGGUGAACAACUGACCGAGCUUAUCAAAAAGCUCGUCCUCCUCGAUUCCCGUUGGAUCCCUGGCGAGCCCGGAUACUCGCUGUAUAUCCGUCCUACCUUGAUCGGAACACAGAGCGCUCUAGGGGUGCACCCUAGUUCGGACGCCAAGCUGUUCGUCAUUUGUUCGCCCGUCGGGCCUUACUAUGCUACCGGUUUCAAGCCCGUCUCGUUGCAAGCUACGACCAAGUAUGUACGAGCGUCGCGAGGUGGUACUGGAUCAUACAAGCUUGGAGCCAACUACUCGCCAGGCGUCAUGCCCCAGCUUGAAGCCGCCAAGCAGGGUUACGCUCAGAACUUGUGGUUGCACGGACCUGAACACUACUUGACCGAGGUCGGAACGAUGAACCUUUUUGUCGUCAUCGAGAACGAAAAGGGCCAGACCGAGCUCAUCACCCCGCCCCUCGAGGAUUUGAUCUUGCCCGGUGUGACAAGAGACAGCGUUCUGACCAUCUGCCGUGAACACGCCGCCGGCCAGGUCCAGGUCGAGGGUCUCCCUUCGUCCGACUUUGUCGUCUCGGAGAAGCACAUGACCAUGCCCCAGUUGGUCGAAUACCAGAAGCAAGGCAAGCUUAAGGAGGUGUUUGGAAGCGGUACCGCUGCCAUUGUCAGCGCCGUCAACAACAUCGGCUACGAGGGCACCGAUAUCCCCGUACCCGUAGGACCUUCCGGCUUGGGCAACAUCGCUCAGGCCGUCCUUGACCGAAUCCAGGCCAUUCAGACCGGCAAGAUCGAUCACCCCUGGAGUGUGAUCGCCGGCAAAGCCACCAACUAG